AUGGAAGAAUCAAACCAUAAUGCACAGCAUCAUCGGCAUGUUCCUGCAGUUACAUCUUCUUUAGCAUCAACUUCCUUUGAUGCUUCCUCUACGUCUUUAGUUUCUACUUCUCAUCUCGUCAUUGAAGAAAAUCAAGAAGAGAACGACGAGACUGCAGGAAAUAUUGAGGGUAAUAUUCCUGGUGGACAUCACCACAACCAAGAACAAGAAGAUGGGAAUCUUUCUUCUGGUGCAUCUUAUCGUUUAAAUUUAUCUAUAUUGAGAGAUGAUAUUUGGUCAUGCCUUGCUGGUCUCGUUGCUUUUUGGUUAUUUGCUUCCUUUACUAUGAUUCUUGGAUACUACGGAUCUAAGAACGUGGAACUCGGGCCGAAUUGCUCUCGCCUUGUAGAGCCUAGCCCAUUUCUUAUUCAGUCUCUUAAGGCAGAGGAGCUAGGUGAGCCAAAACCUGGACCAAUAUUAUAUGGAUUCUACAAGCCUCCACCCUUGGAUGUUGAAAUCAUUUGGACUCAAAAACAUAAUGCAUUUGUUCCAAUGGAUUUUCACAAGGCAAAUCUUUCCCUUUUACUAUCUUUCUUUUAUAAGACUUUUCAGGAAUGGGUACUCUUUCUGAACAAAGGGUCUAAAGUGGAUAUCUCUUACAGUGUUAAAUCCCUCAGUGCCUCUCCUUUGUCCCUUGUGAUUGCCCAAGGUACAGAGAGCCUUGUUGAGUGGAUAGAUGAUCCAUCAUACCCCAAUACAACUUUGUCUUGGAAUAUUAUAUAUGGAAGUGGUAACAUCCAACAGGAAAUUCCAACAUCUUCUACUUAUUAUAUCGCUGUGGGAAAUUUGAACUCUGAGGAAGUGGAGGGUGCUUCAAAUGAAGACUGGUAUGUCAAAUUGUCUUAUGGACCGAGAUGGAUCAUAUAUAUUGUUGGAUCAGGUGUAAUGACUGUCCUACUCUUGUUAGCCUUGAGAUUGUGUCAUAUUUUUCGACCUUUCGGUAGAGAUAGAUAUCAAGCAGGAGAAAUAGAAUCCGAACGAACCCCAUUGCUUUCUCAAAAAGGUGAUGAUAGCUCAAGCUGGGAUUCAUCUCAUGAUUCCAGCUCACAUGAAGCGGAGGAUCUGGAAAAGUGGCUUGCAGUUAAUUGUCUUGAAGGGAAAUCACUGGCAGAAGGAGAAGAUCUCCGCCGUCUCUGCGUUAUUUGCUUUGAUGCCCCAAGGGAGUGCUUCUUUCUUCCUUGUGGGCAUUGUGCUGCCUGUUUUACCUGUGGAACAAGGUACAUACAAACUGCCUCACUUGUUGGUGCUAGGAAUCAAGAAUAG